CCGCCCCGCCAUGAAAGGCUUUGCCACAGUCAAGCGGCCGCGGGAUCUUUUUAUGAUAUUUGUUAUAUUUGCGCUCUUUUCUGUCUCACUAUACACGUCCGUUCUGGUGGUUUUCUUCGAAUCCGACAAGCGAAUCGUCCUCUCGACCGAUUACCGCCCUCAGAGGCGAUGGCAGGAGCUGACACACCUCCAGAGUCUUAUCACCGACCUUCACGGCGAAUUAAGUGAAGCUUUGGCGGAAAGAGACGGUCUUGAGAAUCAGCUGAAAGAAAUUGGCGGGAGCCAAGUUGUUCGACCAAUCAGAAACCGCGUGUCUUCUCGAUUGAGAAAUGGACCUCUGCUGGGGUGUUCUCAUAUUGAUGCGAUCCGGAUUGUUAGUACGGUGGCUGUCGGGUCGGCGAAGGUUGUGCAGAGAGGUUUGUUCGGCGCGAAAGAGGUUCUCGUGAAGAGUGUGAAGAGUAAUGGACAGAUGGUGAGAAAUUGUGGUGAAAGGAUGAGUGUUGCGGAAUGUGUCAUGCUGGGAAGAUACAGAUUGCUGAGGGAAAUAUCGAUGUUGAUCGAUUUGAGAAAUGAGAACGUUGUGGAGAUAAUUGGUCGAUGUGUUCGAGCAUCCGACGACAGUUCAGAUGUAAAUAGUCAAAACGUACUACUUGCAACAGAAUAUGGCAAAUCUGUUUCAAUAGAUCAAUUACAAUUACUUCCAUUGAAACAGAGACUAGAAUUGAGUGCGAAUCUUCUCAACUUACUCUCAUUUUUAAGUCGCUCUCCAAUCGGUUCGGUACGUAUCGAACCAUUCGAUUUAACCCAGUUUCGAAUGAUUGGCGAUCGAUUAAAAUUAACACACGUGGACAGUGUGACAUCAAGUGAACCAUCUUGUCAGAUCGACAACGACUGCAUCAUCUCAAGUCUCGUUUCAUGGCAGUCUGCAUGCCACAACUUUGUCUGCACCGGCUACAACUUAUUAUCGAAUCUCAAAGGCGCAUACAGCAACAUGUUGACGCCUCUUUUACUUGUCAAUCAAGAACUGAACAAGGAGCAAAGUCGUGAAAUAACAAACUUACUAAACUCGCUUUUGUCGGAGAGAAACAUGAGUCUAUCGUUUGUGUCCAAUAGUCUACGAAAUAUUUAUCUCGUCGAAGAGCAAAAGGAGAGAGAAGAGGACGAAGCCGCAGACAGAAUGUCACUCUUUAAUGAUCUCAACACAACGAAUUACCAACAGAAAGAAGCAGCACGAAUCGAAAAAGCACGAAAUCAAGACACGAACAAGAAGGAAGAAACGAGCGAUAUCAACGAUGGCUACAACGAGAUUAUUGACGUCGAUUUUCCGGGAAUGUACGACUAUAAUUGCCGUCGAACUCGUGCGAAAUGGGGCUGCGUGUUGGCCGUCAACGGCUUGCCGGAUGCCAAACACAAGUGCGACAGAGACGCGAUAUGCAAGGCAUUUGUUAUGGUGCCUCAUCAUUCUCGUACCGGUUGGUCGGUCGCAUUUCUUAAGAACGGCACGACGGGAUACGUGAGGCACGAGGGCACGAACGUUUACAUUAAACAGGAUGGAGUCGCCUCGCGCAUGUACACCGGCAAUCGGUCUAUUUCGAGUCAGAGGAACGACGUGUUUGCGUUGAAGGAGACACGCAGCAAGGAUGCUGUUGGUAAUGUGACUCGUUUUGGUGCAACGAGUUGUGAUAUUGAUGAUAUUAUGAGGUCACAACUCAAAGUGAGGAUUGAACGUGAGUAUCGUCUAAUGCAAGAUCUGGGCUGGCCAGGCAUGACAGACACAUCGUGGAUAACUCUCUUACGCACUGGGAUAGUGAAUGUUGCGGAUCAGAGCAAAGUUCCUGAUGACUCGAAUGGUGGCAACGUACUCGUCACAGUGUCAGGAGAUCACAUAGAGAAAGCUUGGUUUAAGGUUGAACCUGGCACUUAUUCCAAACGAAGACACAUAGCUCACGUCGCUUUUUUCUACCUCGAUCGUCUCCUGGGUAUGUACCAGACAGUGCCGACGACGGGUCGAGUCUUUUCCCUCCAGGAAAUGCAACACGGUCACUUCUCGUCUAUUCAGAGUGAAGUGAAGAGACGGUUUAGUACUCUAUUGAAUCAUGAUGGAACACUAGGUGGUUCCAUGUCGGCUUGGGUCGAGCAAGAAGUGAGCGUCAAGACAAAGCUAUCCGUGUCACCCAAUUUAGAACUUGCAUGGGCCAUCUCACCACUCACACAACAACAGAAGAAUGAUUUGGAGUAUCUUAUUGUCAUGUGGUUUGGAAGGCUCAAUCAAACACCAGACCAGUUUCUUAGUACAAACGGACGGAUGGUGCAUCUAGAUGGGCAGUUGGCACUGCAACAAUCUGCUGUCGAAGUCUUACCCUACUUCAACGUUUGCCAGUUUCCUCGUCAUCUCGUCGAGUUGCUUAAGUAUUUAGAGAAACACGAAGAAAACGGAUGCAAACUGAGCAAACAGUUGUCUAACAUGCUGCAGUCUGAUCCUCUACGUUUACUACCAGAUGAUUUUGAGAAACAAUCUGCCGACUCGUCUCUCUCCAAAUUGGAUGAAGAUGUAGACAUGUUUCUCAAUGUUGUAGAGAAAUGUGUCAGUCGGUUUGGAGAAUCGAUUGCUUUAUACGACUAAUCGUCAUCUCACAACUGACAGAAUUCCAAUGGAAGUCGAAUUAACAUUCUGGUUGAUAUCAAUUAUAUUUGCAUUGUUUUUAUGAUUCUUAAUCGAUUGCCUAAAUAAAAUUUGUAUUAAAUGUUUGUGUUUACGUUGUAUGUGUUGUGGAGUGUACGACGUUGUCACGUGAUAGAAACACACAA